AUGCGCCUUCCCAGUGCCGUUGCCUUGACUGCCCUGGUGGCCGGGUCGGCCGCUGCCGCCGGCUGCCCGUAUGCUGAACGGGCGAACAAUGUCGCUGCAGCUGCUGGUCCUGCUGGAUGUCCCUAUGCCAGACGCGCCGCUGCUGCAGCUGCUCAUGUCAGGGAGCUUCCUGUUAAGACACCCAGCGGGGCUAUCGAGGGCAAGAAGGGUAUUUUCUACCUAAACCGUAUCGGGCCCUCUGGAUCGCAGCUUUGGAUUGCCAAUGCGGAUGGUAGCAACGCGACAAAGCUAAUGGGCAAUCAGACCCAUGCCUUUGACUACCAUCCGUCCUGGUCUCAGGAUGGCCAGUGGAUUGUUUUCACCAGCGAGCGACGCGGUGCUGGUCAGUCUGACCUGUAUCGGGUCCGCCCUGACGGAACUGGACUCGAAGCCUUAGUGACGACGGAGAGUGCCGAAGACAUUGGCGUCCUAUCGCCGAAUGGAAAUCAGCUUGCCUACGUAUCCACCCAGGGUAACUAUACCAUGAACGUCUGGGUCAAGGACCUGAAGACGGGCAAAGCCCACAAUCUGACGGAUACUUCCCUGACGCGGUCGAGCAACAUCUACCCCACCGGUCACUUCCGACCAUCAUGGUCGCCCAACGGCGAAUGGUUGGUCUUUAGCUCGGACCGUAAUACCGACUGGACGGGCCACAGUGAGGGUGUCGGCUGGGAGCACACCCAGACCCUUGGCCUCUACGUGAUCCGACCCAACGGCACCGAUCUUCGGACUCUGGUGCGUCAGGAUGGCUACUCCUUUGGCACUCCUCAGUGGUCGCACGACGGAAAGCGUAUCACCUACAAUAACAUGACCCGUGAGAACACUUAUGGCUCGCAUGGUGUCUCUCAGCAGCAGGCCGCCGUGUCCGCUCAGAUCUAUAGUGUGGACUUUGCCACUGGCACCGAUGUGCAGGCUCACACGUCUGGUAGUUACCCCAAGGUGGGCCAGCACUAUAUUGGCAAUUCGUCCAACAUUGGGUACCUGGUGAAGGCCGGGCCCUACGAGGGCAUCAACUACACAAGCCCCGACAGAACCCACAAGGCGUUCAACCAGACCAACAUCCGCGAUCCCUGGUGGUCCCACGACGGAUCCAAGCUGGUCUAUCAGGUUUGGGACUGGACGCAGCAGGCGGCCGGCCUCAAGCUCUGGAGCUAUGACAACGACUGGGAGUACCGGUACAUGGACGUCUUCCCCCUGCACCACCCACCCACCAACCGUCUGGCUUCCACGCAAAAGGUGCUUGGCAGCGCCAACGGCUCCCUGGUGACCUCCACCCCUAUGUACACCGACGUGCACGAAGCCCUAGACUCGUACGACAUCUACAACAUCAGCAACGCCACCCAGGCUGAGUACUUGGCGGAAGGUCAGGCGGGUGCAUUCCAGCCCUCUUGGAACCCGGACGGCGACGAGCUCGUCGUCGGUUUUGGCGCAUGGUUCACCUCUCGUGCCACCAACGCCGCGACUCUCUACCGUGCCUUCGCCAACGGCACCUUCCACACCAACCUGACCGACGGCAGCCACAACGCGGGCUUCCCCUCGUGGUCCCCAGAUGGAACAGGCAUGGUCUACCGCAAAUGGAGCCUCUCCACCGGCGCCCCCGAGGGUCUGCACAUCUUCAACUUCACUACGGGCGAGACUCGCCAAUUGACACUGGGCUGGGACAACACCCCCGGCUGGUCCCCGGACGGCGAGCGCAUCGUCUUCACCCGCAACAACAACUGGACCAGCUCUUACGGCGCUCGCUGGUAUGAAGAUCGCUUCGAUAUUUACACCAUCCGACCUGACGGAUCCGAGCUCACCCGCGUGACUGACAGUCUGUCCAACGAUGCCCAUGCGGUGUGGUCCCAGGAUGGUCGCAUCAUGUGGAGCACGGGUAUGUACGGCUUCAAGGACGAGAGCGCCCUGUUCGACAACACCUUCCAGCCCUACGGCCAGAUCAUGGUCAUGAACUAUGACGGUUCCAACAAGACGCUGGUCACCGAUACCAUCUGGGAGGAUUCCAUGCCUCUGUACAUGCCUAACGAGUAUCUCGAGUAG